AUAAAAACCUUUCGCUUAAGAAUAAGUAACUUUUAAAAAAAAAACUCUGGAAAUCAAAGCUAUGCAGCUUUAAGCUUAGCUCCUUUUUUUUCAACAGGUGUAGAGAGCUUCAAAAGGCAGAUAUCUGUUUUCAUUUUUGCAUUGCAACAGCUAAGCAGAGUUCCACAGAAACAGAAAGAAAGAAAGAAAGAUGGUAGAGAGACAGUCAGCCUCCAUGUCUUCUGACUCAGAGGUAAUUCUCUGUCUUCUUCCAUCAGUCUUAGCUCUGUUCCUCUUCCUCAUUCUCAUCAGAAGGAAGCAGCAGCAAACACGACUUCAUCUCCCACCAGGCAACAUGGGGUGGCCUUUUCUUGGUGAAACCCUAGGCUAUUUGAAGCCUUACUCUGCUACCUCCACAGGCCAGUUCAUGGAGCAACAUAUCUCAAGGUAUGGAAAAAUCUACAAGUCCAAUCUGUUUGGUGAGCCAACCAUAGUCUCAGCAGAUGCAGGGCUCAACAGGUUCAUAUUGCAAAAUGAAGGGAGAUUGUUUGAAUGCAGCUACCCAAGAAGCAUAGGUGGAAUUCUUGGGAAAUGGUCUAUGUUGGUUUUAGUUGGUGACAUGCAUAGAGACAUGAGGAUGAUAUCUCUCAAUUUCUUAAGCCAUGCCAGGCUCAGAACCCAUUUGAUGAGAGAAGUUGAAAAACACACUCUGCUUGUUUUGAGCAGCUGGAAAGAGAAUUCUGUUUUUUCAGCUCAAGAUGAAGCUAAGAAGUUCACAUUCAAUUUGAUGGCCAAACAUAUCAUGAGCUUAGAUCCUGGAAAACCAGAGACUGAGCAGCUGAAGAAAUUGUAUGUUACUUUCAUGAAAGGUGUGGUCUCUGCUCCAGUCAAUUUACCAGGAACAGCUUACCGAAAAGCCUUGCAGUCAAGAUCAACCAUUCUGAAGUUUAUAGAGAGCAAAAUGGAAGAAAGAUUAAAGGAGGGAGCAGAAAAUAUAGAUGAAGAUGAUCUUCUUGGAUGGGUUUUGAAGCAUUCCAAUCUCUCCAAAGAGCAGAUUCUUGACUUGAUAUUGAGCUUGCUCUUUGCUGGCCAUGAAACAUCCUCAGUGGCCAUAGCUUUAGCCAUAUACUUCUUACCAGGCUGUCCUAAUGCAAUUCAACAGUUAAGGGAAGAACACACAGAAAUUGCCAGAGCCAAGAAACAAGCAGGAGAGACAGAGUUGAAUUGGGAUGACUACAAGAAAAUGGAGUUCACUCAAUGUGUUAUCAGUGAGACACUUCGGCUUGGAAAUGUAGUGAGGUUUUUACACAGAAAGGCUUUGAAAGAUGUUAGGUACAAAGGUUAUGACAUUCCAUGUGGAUGGAAAGUGCUUCCGGUCAUUGCAGCCGUGCAUUUGGAUCCUUUACUUUUUGACCAGCCUCAACACUUCAAUCCAUGGAGAUGGCAGCAGAAUAACAACAGUGGAGCAUCUUCAUCAUCUUACACGAGCAUGACAAGCAGCAACUUUAUGCCAUUUGGGGGAGGACCACGACUUUGCGCUGGCUCAGAACUGGCCAAACUUGAAAUGGCGGUUUUCAUCCACCAUCUGGUCCUCAACUUCCACUGGGACUUAGAAGACGAUUUGGAUCAACCUUUUGCCUUCCCUUUUGUCGAUUUUCAAAAUGGCCUACCAAUCACAGCCCGGAGGCACCAAAACCAAUCUCAUAUAUAAAUCCCAAAAUUUAAAACUCCCCAUGGAAUUAUAUUUAAAAAAAGCUUCAAAUGUGACAGAUGACAAAGCUAGCUAGCUCAUUGUUUUGAGUUGUUGUAGUUUCCCAACGGCUUAGUCUACUAGGGCAACUUCCUGUGCCUCUGCUUAUGUGGUGCUUCACUUAAACAAAGACCUCAACUGAUCACCGCCAACCUCUGCAUAUAUGCACCCAAUUUAAAAGGAGAAAAAAAAAUUAUCACAUCUUCCUCUCUUUGUAAAUUUGAUUUUGUCUUAAGGUCCCUUCCUCAUUGUUGGGAGACUUGAGGGUAAUUAUUUAUUUUAAUGUGAUAUGGAUUCGAACUCGAGUAGUGGGGGAGUACAUCCGCUCUAGCCAACUUGACUAAGCUCUUGUAUGUAUUUUUAACUAGCAUUUUAACUUACAACACAAGCAAAAGGCCAAGAAAGGACACAGGUUUAAUGAAAGCAUCAGAAAGCUUGUGCAGAGACUUAAAUGAAUAGGCCAAGGGCUCCUUCCCCUUUC